CUUCAGUUGUAGCGCAGCUCUCGCAGCGUGCAGUCGCGUCCUCUUCGUGCCUCCACCUCUCCUCGAGGCGUGCUAUUCAAAAAACGCGCGACAUUCUCGUCCUUCCGCAAUAUUAAAAAUUAUUUACUAGACUAUUUGGAUCGAACAAUAUUCGUACGAGGUGCACAUUAAAAAUCGAGGAUCGUUUUAAUAGUGAUUGCAACAACGAGGAAUGUGUUGUUGAUUACUGGACAGUUCGUUUUGUUUCUUAUUGGGACAGUUUUAUGGUCUAGUGUCGGACAGUGCAAUCGGAUGCAGUCAAUGCCACUUGUUCGCCGAGUGUAAACAUGAUUCCCGCGCAUUGACGUACGCAACGGACCGCGCGAGUGCGGCCUGCACUCAGCUGUGAAUUGGUAAAAGUGACCCUGAAGAGGCAUGUUGAAGCACGUGUCGGUCUCGCCAUGGAGAGGGCGAGCGGACAGCGUGAGUCUCGCUUCGAGCGGGGGUGCGAGUAGCUGCGGAAGCGGAAGUCCGACCCCUGGACACACACCACCGCCCUCGAGAGCAUCCUCGUGUGCUUCGCUGGCACCCUUAACUGCCCUUUCAAGCUUCUCUCCUGCCGACGCCGCCCCUCAACAGACAACCAUAAAGGUGUACGCAAACUGCCUGCGGCCAGACAUCGAAUACAAGACUCUGAGCAUCACCUACGAAACGACCUGUCGCGAGGUGGUUCAAAACCUAUUGAACAAGUAUCGUAUGAAGCAUCGUGACCCCAGGUUGUUUUACUUAACCAUGGAGGUGACCGUGCGAAGACCGAACGUGAGGACCGUCCUGCCGCUCGACGAGGACGCGAGACCUGCUGUUUUGCAAUCGUGUCAUCCUCGCGGUGAUUCCAGAUUCUCGUUGCAGACACGUCGUGGCGGACUUGUCAAAAUAUACGACAGCGCACUCAUGUCCGGGUCGAAAUACAAAAGUCUGUUGGUAUCGGAGCAGACCACAGUGGACGAGCUGAUUCAAAUGCUACUGAGCUGCUACAGCUCGAAAGAACGAGUAGAGCAGUUUUCUCUGUACGAGGUCUGCGAAGGCGAGGAGUACCAAAGAAAAUUGCAUCCUGACGAUUCACCCCUUAAAGUCACGCAACGAUGGACAAGCGCUGAUCGCCAUCUUCGUAUAAGGCGCAAUCCUGACUACAAUCCUCACAGGAGAAAAAGUAUGUGGGCGUCGGACUCGAGCAUCAGCAUGGCGAUGUCAAGACUGAACCUGCACGCCAACCAUCAGACCCACUACAACCAGUCCAACGACAACAACAACCAUCUCCCCCUGUACCAGGACUCUACCUCCAUCAACAACAACAAUAUUCACAAACUGGAUCAACAUCACCUGUCGCUGAAUUGCUUGAAUCAACCACCGAGAAUCGUGGUGCCACAUACGACGCAACUGCCACAGUUACAAGUUCCACGGGUACAACAACUGCCGCAGAGUGUACCCUCGACUCCAAUCUCCUCGAAACAUAUCACUGCAACCUCGUAUGCAGACUAUGAGAAUUACUUGUUCAUAUGAAGUUCGAUGUCUGAUGAGUCGGAAAAAGUUCUGUUUAUGAGGGAUGCUAGUGUAAUGUACUUUUAGAUGUCAUGUAGACUUCUUCAGGAACAUGUGAAAGGAACAUGUGUUCUGUCAUUUGCUUUUGGUUUGAGGAAUAUCUAAGGCAACUGUUACAUUAUAUGGUAAUUGUGUAUGAGCUAAUGGUGGAAAUAAUGGAAUGCAGGUCUAAUAAAAUGUGAAUUAAGAAUACAGACAGUUGAAUGUAGAAAAAUUGUAGUAGCUUAAAGUGAAAGUAGUUUAAGCUUUGGUAUAGGAAAACCUAUGUCUAAGAAGAUUCUCUGAAUCUGGAGAUUUCAAAUAUAAACCUAGAGAGACCUGGACCUAAUGAAAUCCAGAGCUGACGAGAUCUAGACCUAAGAAAAUCUGGAUCUACAGAAACUCAGUCCUAGAGAAGCCCAGAAUUGGGGAAAGGUGGACCUAGGAAAAUGUAGAUCUACCUAACUCUAGGUCUAGCGUUAAAAGUAUCACUCUAGCACCAUAACCUAUAAAAACCCCAAUCUAUAAAAUCCCAAACCUACAAAAAUCUGGAUCUACAAAAAAUCUCUACCCAAAUCAAAAACGUAGAAGAACCUAAAUCCAGAGAAACCAGAAGAGAAGCCUAGGGAAAGCCUAAAUCCCUCCACCUAAAAAGCAAAUGGCGGAAAACUACUUCCUGAUUGUAGUUUCUUUCCGACAGAACUUUUUCGCCCACUAAUUUUCAUCGUAGGCAGCAAUUUGGAAAGGAUUUUCAUAUCGUGUUUUGACGGAGCAAACUCUGAUCGAUCAGUUGUUUGAUGGAUCGUUUCAGAUGUUGGAACUCAUUCGAAGUGGUUUGAUCGAUUGCUCUGUUUCAACGUGUGGUACACAGUAUUUGAACAGUGAAAGUUUCGCUAAAGACAGUUUGAUGGAGUGCAUGGUUUUGGAAGUAUGUGGAGUUUCUGGCUGAUGCGAAAAAAUGAAUGAAAAGGGCACUUUUUUAUGUCGAUAAGGCAGAACAAAGAGAAUUUAUGAUUAUAGUCAGUAGUGAAAACAAUUGUACCAAAGGUAGACGUACGAAAAUGCUAGUUAUAGUGUAUUCUAUCGUAUAUGUGUAAAUGUCGUUUGUUUUAUUCCGAAGCCUCAUUCACACCUAUGUAUGAAUUAACGUGAAACGGACAGAUUAUUAAUAAGAAACAGUUUGUUUUUAAACAAUAUAGGUGUGGAUCAGGUAUGAUUAAGUCACAGUUCGUUCGAUGAUUAUUUAAUCCUUCGAGACUUAUUUGAACAUUAUUUAUCAAUCUUAUGCAACGAAAAUUUGUAUACAUUUAUAAUAGAGUAAACGUUCAGAAUAAUCUCGCAGGCUUAAAAUCGUGUAUUUAUACUUAGAAUUGCAUUUACCAUCGUUAAAUAUAGACUCUAUUAUUUAUUUAUAACAACUGUAAAGCGUCUAAGCGAGUCUGGAGUCUUAACUUAUUAUUCGAAUCCUCGACUGUAUAUUCGUGCAAUCCGAUCAAACGGGAUUCGAUGUUGUAAAUAGAGUGACUCGAAUAAUUUUAUCAAUUCUCCAUCAUGGACAAUUGUAACUCUGUAUUUCUAUGCAUGUCGUUCCUUUCGAUAGCACAAGGUUAACGAGUUUACCUGCUUUAACAGAAAUGGCAUUUAAAGACAACACGUACUAUCAACGUUAUAGCUUUUUUUCGUAGUUUGUAAAUAGAGACGACUAUUUGCAUCCACGUUUUAUUAACGGUGAACGUUGCAUCCAUUGCCAAAGAGUCGCUAUACAAAAUCGCGUGUUACAAAAACCAGACUAUUUUUCUAUUUUCGUUUAUGCGUACGUUAUUGGAGUGAAAACUUAAUCCACGAGAUGGUUGAUCGAAAUCACAGCGCGCGACUUACCAACAACUGUAACAGUACAAUGAACCUUGUAUUAUUCCGAACGAUACAGCCACCGUAGAGUGUACAUAAUCUCUGUUGUAACGUCGUUUUUGUAAUUCACUGAAGAAAAAAGUAUCGUUUCACGUGUCGUAA